AUGUUCCAACAACAUAUUUCACGACAACAGCAACCUCAGUUACGCAUAAUUAACACCUUUCAAUAUUUAGAGAGCGGAGGUUUUCCACCACAGAGACAAGAUCUGGAUUAUUCCAUAUAUUGUCCUUAUUUAUUGCGCACCUAUGACAUUUCAGAACUUACUUCAUUGUCAAGUACAAAAGCGAAGAUUGAUAUCGUGUCAAGAUAUCGCAAUUUCGAUGUUGAGGCUAUAUUAAAGGAAAUGAAAAAGGGGCUGAAACUACGAAACUUGAUUAAAGACCAUGAUCUAUUAGGAGCGAGCCAGGAUAUUAGCGCUGGAACUUCUUCGACGAAUAAAAUAGCAGAAGAAAAAUAUGUAAAACAAUUACUCGAAUUAAUUGAAAUCGUAGUGGGAUUAAUACGCCCUAUAUAUUCCUCAAAGUCAUUUACACAUCAACGAUAUUCGACAUUGAAUUCAAAUGAUCUAGAAUAUUUUCUACCUGUCGCGUUAUUUGAAUGGGAUAUAUUUGACGAAAUCGGUUCUGACGUUGUUCAUAUCUUAAUUGAAACAUAUAAGCAUCGCAUCCCAUCCGAUGUGAAAUCACGCAUCCAAGAAACCUUAUUCUCAUUAUGUGAAUUGGGACCACAUCAUUCACCGAGUGUACGCACUAAUCUUGCCAAACAUAAUAUUUUGGCCGGAUUAGCUGUAAGAAUCACUUUGAAAUCCUGCAGCGAUCUGGUGACCUUUAUUGAUGGUGUCCUGACCACAAAACCAGCAUGGUUAAUCGCUCAAUUAAUACCGCAAACUCAAAUAAUGAGCCAACUUCAAAGUCGAAUUAUGGAGACAUUGGAAAACAAAUUGAAUCAAAGACCUCGAUUGACUCAAACGGAUUUAUCAAUCUUGUUACGUGUUAUCUGUGGAUUUGCUAGUGUCUUAAAUAUUCAUUAUAAAUUACAAGAAUUACAGCUAUGCUUAAAAGUGGUGACAUUUGCAACUUCAGAGAGGCUAGUGAAACUUUGUUUAUGCUUUAUAUUGAUUUGCUCAGAAAUGUUAUUUAACAAUGGACUGAAAAAUAAUGUUGAACAAGCUCUUCGGUACCUAAUUAAAUCCGAGCACUUUCAUUUAUUUUUACUUUUUGCAGUAUAUUUCAACAAAAGUCAAACAACCGAAAUUCGUGAAAUAUGCAAUGCUCUUUUAGGAUUGGAUGUUAUUAUUCCACCCAAAGGAUUCGCGGAGUUACAAAAGAUUUUUAAUCAUAACUUGAUUACUGAUGAGUUUUUGGCAAAGAGAGCCUUAUUAUUGGAACCUUCGACUUUCUCGAAUUUGGGUAUAACCACAGAUCGAGAGUCCUUAUCGCUACGGUGUUUUUACUAUCUACUAAAAGCAAAAGUGUUUCAUUAUAACAAUGUGGACAUCCGAAAUUGGAUACAUCGACAAAUUCUCUAUGCUACCACCCCAAUUCACGAAAGUAUGGGUCCUCUAUUACAAAGAUACGCGGAAAGUAUUCUUGAAAGAGAUGAAAAAAAUCCAAGAAAUUGGAGUCCAAUUACCAAAAUUCCUGAACAAAAUCUUGUCUUACUAUUCCAAGAUGAAAUGAUUGAAAUAAAACCGGCGCACGUAUUGAUGCUAAUGUAUGCUUUAUAUUUUAAUAAUGGUGUACAUUCGCUUGUGUUAAAUAAUCAUAAUAUUCAAAUUCCUGUUGAUCGACAAGCUUAUUCAACAGAUUCGAUGGAGAAUAUUCCUAUUCGUCGAAUUCUUAAUUAUGCAGAGACAUCUGAUAAGGGAAAGGCCUACCGUGAAAUAUACCCGGAAUUAUUGUCACUGGUUGCUUCUAAUUACCCUGAAGCAUUUGAUAUUGCUAGUUUCCUUAUCACCGAAGAUCGCUGGAAAACUAGGAUUUGGAAACGCUCAAAAAUCCAAAAAUUAGAUUACCAAAAAAUUGUCGAUCACAAUAUUCAAGCUGUAAUUCCUCGAUGGUUAGACGAGCCAGAGGAGACAUUGGCAGUUUUUAAUAAAUUGGAGUCAAUACCACCGUCCGAUUUAUCUUUGAGCUCACGCACAAUAAUAUCAAGCGCUCUACCAAGAAUUCUUGAUCCACGUACGGAUGAACGUAUUGUGAAUUCAUUUACCAAAAUUUGGGAUAUUCUCAAUUGUGUAAACCAGAAUGAGCUUGCGUCUUUGACCAUCAAUGCAUUACGAGUUGGGACUGAAGAGGGACCGAAUUAUAGGGAAAUAGAAAUGGAGGAAUUUACGCAAUCAGUGUUUUUGCUUAAUCCUAUUGCGAUAUUGAAUCUUGAGCCACAAGUGUUUAGAUGUCCUCACAUAUAUCGGAUUGUAUUACAGAUUAUAACUUUUUAUCUGAUAGGUUCUCGUCAUCGAUUCCACAAAGAAUACUUUUUUGGAAACCCGCAUUUUAAAAAUACAUUUACAGAAAAGAACUUUGAAACUUUUCUCGAUUUGCAAGAUUGCACAAUCAUUCUUAUGUUAUUACGUGGAUGCCUGUACAAUCCAAUAGAAGAUUCACAGAAAAUGGGCGUAUUAGAUGAAAUUCGCACCUUGACUUGCAAUUUUCUUCAUCAAGUUUUUAUUGAAAACUCUAAGCUGCAGAAACUGGUCAUCUAUCAAGGCUUCGAACACGAAUUAGUGCCAAUUAUAGUUGAUCGAGUUGAAUCUAUGCACGUCUGUAUUGAUUAUCUACAAGAAUUAAUCACCAAUAAAGACAAUAAGGUUCGAAAUUUCGGAUUAAUUCUAGCCUCGUGGAUAUGUAAAAAGUGGCCAUUAAGCUCAACGCUCUAUCUUGCGAAAAACGUAAUAAUUCCAAUAAUAAGAGAUCUCGUGAGAAAUAUAAUUCCUACAGAUAUAAAUCAAACGUUCUUUGAGAUUUAUCGCGCAGCUGCACGAAUCGCAAAAAUAUUCCCACCACUUAAGGAUGAAAUACAGAUAAUAUUGGAUGAGCCAUCCCCUUUUAUGGUUCUUCAAAAAGAUUCAUCCGAGUUGCGUAAUCAAUUGUCAGAGCUUAUUCAACGAUUGUAUGAAGAGCUUAAAUCAACGCGGAUUGAGGAUAAUAUGGAAAUUGAUAGCUAA